AAGGGCCUCCCUGUGAAAACAGAAAGCAGUGUAUUUCUCAGUUACAUCACUUUGCAAUCUAAUGCUGUGUUGUGCUCAGUGUUUUUGUGGUGAUGCAAGUCUUUUUUUUUUUCUUUUUUUUUUUUUUUCCCUUCAGCCGGUUGGAUUUUCCCCAUCUUACAGCACCUCGCAGGUCUCUUCUCUGAGCAGUACGUUGCCUGAGUGAGUGGAAACAUACAGAUCAGCUGCAGGUUUCUAUCUACAAAAACAGAGUGAAAGAGAAAGAAAAGGGUUGGGAAAGCAGAGACAAAUAUUGACCUGGACUUAUAGAAAGACAUCCAAUGGCUGAAUAAAGAACCCUGUUCAUGUUUUGGGAUAUUCUUUCAACUGGCUGGAACGAGAGCGGAUCAAAAGAAUGGGAAAUGCCAGCAGACCCUUUAGAAGAAUUGCUUAUUUCUUAUGCCUUUUAUCUGUGCUUUUGCUGACUGAAGGGAAGAAACCAGUGAAGCCAAAAUGUCCUGCCUGGUGUACUUGUACCAAAGAUAAUGCUUUAUGUGAAAAUGCCAGAUCUAUUCCUCGCAGCGUUCCGCCUGAUGUUAUCUCACUAUCCUUUGUGAGAUCUGCUUUUACUAAAAUCCCAGAAGGGAGUUUUUUGCUCACACCAUCUCUGCAGCUUCUGUUGUUUACGUCCAACACUUUUGAUGUUAUUAGUGAUGAUGCUUUCAUGGGCCUUCCUCAUCUGGAAUAUUUGUUCAUAGAGAACAACAGCAUUAAGUCAAUUUCAAGAAAUACUUUCAGAGGACUGAAAUCUUUAAUUCACCUGAGUCUUGCAAAUAAUAAUCUCCAGUCACUUCCAAAAGACAUAUUCAAAGGCUUGGAUUCUUUAACAAAUGUAGAUCUUAGAGGCAAUGCAUUUAAUUGUGACUGCAAACUGAAGUGGUUAGUGGAGUGGUUGGGCAGCACCAAUGCAACUGUUGAAGACAUUUACUGUGAAAGCCCACCAGAAUAUAAGAAGCGCAAAAUCAAUAGCCUCUCUCCGGAAGAGUUUGAUUGCAUUAUUACAGAAUUUGAAGUUUAUCAGUCCCUGCCAUACCAAUCUCUGUCAGUAGAUACUUUCUCAUAUAUGAAUGAUGAACACGUGGUUAUUGCUCAGCCUUUUACCGGAAAAUGCAUCUUUCUUGAAUGGGACCAUGUGGAAGUGAUGUUCAGGAAUUACGACAACAUUACAGGUACUUCAACUGUUGUGUGUAAACCUAUAGUUAUUGAGAGCCAGCUGUAUGUCAUUGUCGCACAGCUGUUUGGAGGCUCCCACAUAUAUAAAAGAGAUAUUUUUGCUAAUAAGUUUAUAAAAAUUCAAGAUAUUGAAAUCCUUAAAAUCCGAAAACCCAAUGACAUUGAAACUUUCAGGAUUGCUGAAGACUGGUAUUUUGUUGUUGCAGACAGUUCAAAGGCUGGUUUCACCACGGUUUACAAGUGGAAUGGGAAUGGAUUUUAUUCCCAUCAGUCUCUGCACGCCUGGUACAGAGAUACUGAUGUGGAGUAUCUUGAAAUAUCUGGCAAACCACAUUUAAUUCUGUCAAGUAGUUCCCAAAGACCUGUAAUAUAUCAAUGGAACAAAGGAACAAAUGAAUUUGUUAAGCGGUUUGAUAUUCAAGAUAUGGAAGACGCAUAUGCAGUGAAGCAUUUCAAAGUGAAAGAGGAUGUAUACAUUUGCUUAACAAGAUUUAUUGGGGACUCUAAAGUAAUGAAAUGGGGUGGUUCAGCAUUUCUGGAUUUACAAAGGAUGCCAUCCCGAGGGUCAAUGGUAUUCCAACCACUUCAGAUAAAUAAUUAUCAAUAUGCCAUUCUUGGAAGUGAUUAUUCUUUCACUCAAGUCUAUUAUUGGGAUGCGGAAAAGGCAAAAUUUGUGAAGUUUCAAGAAUUAAACGUACAGGCACCAAGAUCUUUCAUACAUGUCUCCAUCGAUAAACGAGAUUUUCUCUUUGCUUCAAGUUUUAAGGGAACUACAUUGAUUUAUAAACAUGUCAUAGUUGACUUAAGCGCAUGACACAUAAUUCUGAGAUUACAUCAGACUUUCUACUGUAAGUGGACAAAAUGAACUAAAUGCAUGAUGACUCUCUUAUCUUACUUCCAAAUGAAUGCCUUUAAAAGUUGAGAUUGCUAGAACAAAGUAUUACUAGUAUUUUCAUCUUUAAUUGUCAAGUCUAGUGGUGUUGGAAGUUGCAUUUUUUAACAAAAAGAAAUUAACUGUUCUUUGCAUCCACAAUAUGUAAAUACAUGUGCAACUGCAUCUGUUGCUAUAAAGAAUAUUAAGAUGUACUUUUCCAUUUAUUUAUUCACCUGUUUGAAACAACUGCCAAAUAAAAUGUUUACAUUUUGUGUCUUUCA